CCUGUCCAUAACAGACCAGUUUACAGAUAGUCCCUUCUGGCAUGGUUCAACAACUGGCGACUUUACAGUAAGCUCUGCUUUUGCAAUGCAACAAUCGCAGCGUAUGGCCUCGACAGCUAGCGUACAAUGGCGCUGGAUUUGGAACCUUCGGUGCACAGAGAGAGUAAAGUUCUUUAUUUGGUUACUGCGCAGGGGUCGAGUUCUCACAAAUUCCGUGCGGUUUGAUAGGCAUAUAGCUUCUUCCCCUAUGUGUCCUCGUUGUGAACAAGCUACUGAGACUCCCAUCCAUCUCUUACGUGAUUGUUAUUACUCAAGAUUGGUGUGGGAAGUUUCUGAUUAUCUACCCUCUGAUUUCUUUCAUCUGGAUUUUGAUAGCUGGUUGUUUAAAAACUCAGUUCAUUCUCAUUCUUUGGGUAGUUCACAAAGCACCUGGGCAAGUUUGUUUCCGGUAGUUCUCUGGUCUCUUUGGAAAAGCAGAAAUAAAUUAGUCUUUGAUGGAAAAUGGAUUGCCCCACAAACUGUAUUCCAGCAGGCUAAAUCUCUUGCUUUCGAGACAGUCUUGGUCUUAAAUUCAUCUGUAUUAUCACCUCUUCCUCGUGAGCAUCGAUGGGUGCGAUGGUUGCCUCCUGAUCCUCCUUUUCUAAAAUUGAAUACUGAUGGCUCAAGGUCGCAUCAAUCUAGAAGAGCAUGUGCAGGGGGCCUGAUUCGUGAUCAUCAAGGUCAUUGGAUACAUGGAUUUACUGUAAAUAUAGGUGCUACCUCCAGUUUCAUUGCUGAGCUUUGGGGCUGUCGCGAAGGUUUAAGGCUAGCUCUUUCACUUGGAAUACAACAUUUAAUCCUUGAAAUGGAUUCUUUAAUGGCUGUACAGUUGAUACAAGCAAGAAAGAUUGGGAAUGGAUCUUUUUCUGUCCUACUGGCUGAUAUUCUAGUGUUGUCAGAUGCCUUUACUGAUUGCCUGGUUCAACACACACUUCGCGAAGGAAAUGCUGCUGCAGAUUAUAUGGCUGCUUUGGGUCAUAAUUCUACCCCGGGUAUCACGAUAUUUCAAGAUCCACCAGUUGGGAUCAGUAUGAUCAUGCAUGGUGAUUGUGUUGGGGCUUCAUUCCUCAGAGUUUAAACUUUAAUUUAGUUUCCCAUGUAUCAAAAAAAAAAUAAUAAUAAAAGUAAUUAAGGUCA